GUUUGUCUUGAAAUUGUCAUAUUUAUUACCAUUACCAUUUGGCAUUUGUCAAGUGAAGAAUCCGUCAUACCAUAAACUAAGCAACACAUUUAACUUAAUUUACUCGACAGGAAUAGUCAACUCUACAAUAACCAAAAAAUCUAACUUGACGUUUAGUUAACCAUUGAAGUAAUUAAUUAGUGUACUGUGUCAAAAAUUAAUUCAUACCCUGAAAUAACUUAACUGCCAAAAGUAAGCUUGAGGAAAGCAACAAUGGGGCGGAUAUUUUUGGACCAUAUUGGAGGUUCCAGGCUGUUUUCUUGUGCCUCAUGCGACACAAUUUUAACCAACCGAAGUGAACUGAUAAGUACAAGAUUUACUGGUGCCACAGGCAGAGCUUUUUUAUUCAACAAAGUUGUCAACCUCAACUACAGUGAGGUUCAAGACAGAGUAAUGUUGACAGGCAGACACAUGGUGAGGGACGUGUCUUGCAAGAACUGUGAUGCUAAACUGGGGUGGAUCUACGAGUUUGCGACUGAGGAGAAUCAACGCUACAAGGAGGGUCGUGUCAUCCUAGAGAGAGCGCUUGUAACGGAAAGUGAUGGGAUAGAUGAACAUAUGGGUGAUGACUGAAGCCCCUUAGUAGCUAGCUGUACUAUGGACUCUGGGCUACGUUUAUACUUUUCAUACAUAACAGUUGUACAUAGAGUGUGUUUUUUAUGAUAAAAUUAUAAUAAGUGUUGGUAAUAUAA